AGUCAAUGACAAUGGUAACAGUAGAGUCAAUGGUGACAGUAGAGACAAUGGUGACAGUAGAGUCAAUGGUAACAGUAGAGUCAAUGGUGACAGUAGAGUCAAUGGUGACAGUAGAGACAAUGGUGACAGUAGAGUCAAUGGUAACAGUAGAGUCAAUGGUAACAGUAGAGUCAAUGGUACCAGUAGAGUCAAUGGUAACAGUAGAGUCAAUGGUAACAGAAGAGUCAAUGACAAUGGUGACAGUAGAGUCAAUGACAAUGGUGACAGUAGAGUCAAUGACAAUGGUGACAGUAGAGUCAAUGACAAUGGUGACAGUAGAGACAAUGGUGACAGUAGAGACAAUGGUGACAGUAGAGUCAAUGGUGACA